AUGCAGAACCACCACCGGAAAUCGUCAUCGUUCGUCUCCACCGGAAUCCCCAUCGUCGGCGGAGCCAUUGUAGCCCUCUCACUUCUUUGGGCUUUUUGGCCCAUGAUCAGUUUCAGUUUCACUUCCCCAAACCCCAAUAAUUUCAAAACUGGAGUAGACAGUGCUACUCCAGGUGGACUGAGUGGGCCAGGUGGGUCAGGUAGGUCAGGUGGUCAGGGUUUUAACUUUAACCUGACCCACGACCCACCCGAGUCCACAUUCUACGACGACCCAAAUCUGACCUACACGAUCGAAAAGCCCAUAACAAAUUGGGACCAAAAACGGCGGGAAUGGCUAUGGCUACACCCGUCUUUCAUACCCGGGUUAGAAACCCGGGUCUUGUUAGUAACCGGGUCACAAUCUACCCCAUGCCAGAACCCGAUAGGGGAUCAUCUACUACUAAGGUUCUUCAAAAACAAAGUGGACUAUUGUCGUAUCCACGGGUACGAUAUUUUCUACAAUAACGUACUCCUCCACCCGGAAAUGUUUACCUACUGGGCCAAGAUUCCCGCGGUACGCGCGGCAAUGUUGGCCCACCCGGAAGCCGAGUGGAUCUGGUGGGUCGACUCGGAUGCCGCGUUUACCGAUAUGGAUUUUAAAUUACCGUUACACCGGUAUAAAAAUUACAAUUUUGUUGUACAUGGGUGGCCCGAGUUGAUUUAUAAAAAGAAAAGUUGGACCAGUUUAAAUGCUGGGGUUUUCUUGAUUAGAAAUAGUCAAUGGGCUCUUGAUUUUAUGGAUGUUUGGGCCGGUAUGGGCCCCCAAACUCCGAAUUAUGAAAAAUGGGGCGAGUUGUUGAGAAAAACAUGUAAAGACAAGUUUUUCCCUGAAUCCGAUGAUCAAACGGGUUUGGUUUAUUUAUUAUUAAAAGAAAAGGAAAAAUGGGGGAAUAAAAUCUAUGUGGAAGAUGGGUAUUAUUUUGAAGGGUAUUGGAUGGAAAUAGUGGGGAGGUUGGAGAACAUAACGGAGAAAUAUAACGGCGUUGAGAAGAGGGUGAGUAAGUUAAGGAGGCGACACGCGGAGAAGGUGAGAGGGGCGUAUGUUACGACGUGGGAGGAGUAUUUGAAAGGCGCGGGAUAUGGGAGGGAGGGGUGGAGACGACCGUUUAUGACGCAUUUUACUGGGUGUCAGCCGUGUAGUGGUACGCAUAAUGAGGAGUAUUCUAGGCAAGGUUGUUGGGACGCUAUGCAGAAGGUGUUGAACUUUGGGGAUAAUCAGGUGUUGCGUAAUUAUGGGUUCGUGCACCCGAGUUUAGGGGAUUCGGGCUCGGUUGUGCCUCUACCGUUUGAUUAUCCUGCUUGAGUAGUAAAUUUAGUGGUUGUUACAUGCAUAGAGUUUUAAUUAAAAGGGGUAUGAUUGAAAGUGUAAUUGGUGAAAUUUACUAUAUAUGUUAUAGUGUUUUUUAUGGUGAUAUUUAGUUUAAAAUAAAAAACUCAGGAAGAUGAUAUGUAUCA